CAUGGUGCUGUGUUUCGGAGUAACAAGUAUUUUCGUUCCUCACUUGCCUGUGACUUCCUGGAUGUAGGGUGGCAGAAGGUGGCGAGAUGUUUAGUAGAUGCUGACAUCACUCUGCUUCCUGGAGAUCUCGGUCACAACGGCAGCAGUAAGGGAAGGUUGUAUGAAGCUUACGGUUUAUGUGCAUUAUAGCUGCAUUGGAAACGAAUCAGAGAGGGGAAUUUGGAUUUGGCGAUAAAGGCGAAAGUAACUAUACUCUACUUUGGAUAUUAAGGGAUUAAGACAGAGGGAUCGCACCACUAACAAUACAAAACGAACAAAUUAAAACGUGGUGGCUCAAAAUUAUCUUCACUUUUAAAGAAGUUCAUACUAUAAACAUAUGGAGCAAGUCUGUAAACAAUUCAGGGGAUUCAGAGUUUACCAGAUGUGAGCAGUAUGGAUCUUGGUAGCUGACUUGAUGAUAAUUCAUUUCCUAAUUUUGCAAGGGAACUCAUUAACAACUUUGGCUUAUAAUAUCUUUCUCUCUUCAGUGCUCUGUUUGGACAUUUGAAAGAUAUCACUGGUGUAAAAUAAUCUCUGAAGAAACUGCUCAAAACCAAUAAAAUUUGGAGGAGUUCUAUUCCUUUGGAUUGCUACGAAUUUCUGCUGUUUUCAUUUUGUUUAGAGAGGCAUUUUUCUUCUGUGGACAUCGGUUUUCUUUCAAGACGAAAGUGUGUCUGAGGUGAUCUUAAAAACACAGAGAACUUCAUUUGCUUCUUCAUGCAGGAAGAGUGGGGUGCAAUUGUCUGCGAAUGGGAUGAGCGUGCCACCACUAGCUUCCAACAGACUGGAUUUUAUUUGCUAAAGCAGCUAAGCUGGGGCUUUUCUUGUCAAUGGUGAUGCUUCCUUUUUCCAAGUCCCCUGUCUGAGUUUGCACUCCUUGAAAAAUUGAUCAAAGUGGAGUACCGUAAACUUGACAUGGAUAACAAGAAGAAGGACAAGGACAAACCGGAUGAUAGAAUGGCAAGGCCUGGUGGCCGACCUGGUGGGACUCCUCGUGGCCCUGGAGCUUCUAAUUCUGGAGUUUUAAUGGUUGGACCCAAUUUUAGGGUUGGAAAAAAAAUAGGAUGUGGUAAUUUUGGAGAACUGAGAUUAGGAAAAAAUUUGUACACAAACGAAUAUGUGGCAAUCAAACUGGAACCAAUGAAAUCAAGAGCUCCUCAGUUACAUUUGGAAUACAGGUUCUAUAAACAGUUGGGAUCUGGAGAUGGCGUACCUCAGGUGUACUAUUUUGGCCCUUGUGGGAAAUACAAUGCUAUGGUGCUAGAACUACUGGGACCUAGUUUGGAAGACUUGUUUGACCUCUGUGAUAGGACAUUUACCCUAAAAACAGUACUUAUGAUAGCCAUACAGCUAAUUACCCGCAUGGAAUAUGUACAUUCAAAGAACUUGAUAUACAGAGACGUAAAACCAGAAAAUUUUUUAAUAGGACGACCAGGAAGCAAAAACCAACAUGUUAUCCAUAUAAUAGACUUUGGUCUGGCAAAGGAAUAUAUAGAUCCAGAAACAAAAAAGCACAUACCUUACAGAGAACAUAAAAGCCUUACAGGGACAGCUAGAUAUAUGAGCAUUAGCACGCAUUUAGGAAAAGAACAAAGUAGAAGAGAUGAUCUAGAAGCAUUAGGACAUAUGUUUAUGUAUUUUCUUCGAGGUAGUCUUCCUUGGCAAGGUUUGAAGGCUGAUACAUUAAAAGAAAGGUACCAGAAAAUUGGAGACACCAAGCGAGCAACACCAGUAGAAGUGUUAUGUGAAAACUUUCCAGAAGAAAUGGCUACAUAUCUACGAUAUGUAAGAAGAUUGGACUUCUUUGAAAAACCAGACUAUGAUUACUUAAGGAAACUUUUUACAGAUCUGUUUGACCGAAAGGGAUAUAUGUUCGAUUAUGAAUAUGACUGGAUUGGCAAACAGUUGCCUACACCCGUGGGUUCUAUACAUGCAGAUCCUGCACUGUCAUCAAAUCGAGAACCACACCUGCACAGGGAUAAAACGCCACAAACCAAAAAUCAGUCGACAGACCACAGGGCAGCUUGGGACUCCCAACAAGCCAAUCCCCAUCACUUGAGAGCUCACCUAGCAGCUGACAGACAUGGUGGCUCGGUACAGGUGGUUAGUUCAACAAAUGGCGAACUCAACACAGAUGACCCAACAGCAGGACACUCAAAUGCACCUAUCACAGCCCCCCCUGAAGUAGAAGUAAUGGAUGAGACAAACUGCCAGAAAGUAUUGAACAUGUGGUGCUGCUGUUUUUUCAAGCGGCGAAAAAGGAAAACUAUUCAGCGGCACAAAUGACUCUGGAAACGGACAGACCAUGGGGAAUUGCUUACCUGUUCAUCUGCUGUCUCGUGAUGACAAACUCAUCUCUGCAGUGACCACAGAUGUUUUUAAAGGACUCCCUUUUUAAAGAUAUAUUAAUGCCCAGUACAUUGUUUUGUCUUUCAUUGUCAUUUUCUUUGUUUCUUCCAAGUCUUCUUGAAGCUUUAAUAACUUGUUCAUUUACCAUGCCAAUUCUUUAUUGAGAAUCAUUGAAAAUUGACUGGUGGUGCAAUAUAAAUUGGGACUGAGUACCCAGGCUUCAUGCAGUCAUAAUUGGAAUUCAUCCCAUCUCUUACUCCUCCUUAAAACAGACAAAAAACGAAACUGUGGCAUUUGAAAAGGCAGUGAAGCCAGACAUGCAAAGGCAUAGUAGAUGCAUCAACUGUUCUGAGAUGCAGAGUUGUCUUCUUCAAAAUGACCAUUCCACUGGGAGAACUGUGGGUCCAGACACUGCAGAGGACUACAAUUUUGCUGAAAGAGGAUUCCAUUUUUUUUUAUUUGGUUAUAUUUUUCUGUGUCUUUUCUUUGUGUGUGCAACACCCGCACUGAUGUUCAGUAUUGCUGGUUGGUACUGCCUUCGAGUGUGGUGUUAACAUUCCUGCUCCAUGAUUCCACAGUGCAGUCACUGUCAAGAGGUACUAACGAAUGAGCUGAGUGGCAGUGGUCAAAGUGCAUGUAAAUGCCGUGAGACAGCCCUAGACUUCAUGUUCAUUGUAAAACCUGAAUUUGAUGUACCUCUACUGGAGAUGCAGUGUAAUAGAAGCAGCAGCAUGUGCUUGUGUAAUAUUACAGAAUGUUUGUAUACUGUAAUUUGUGCUUCCUGGACAUUUGUUGCACAGCAAGUAAAAGACUGAAGGUGCGUCAAGUGUUGGGUCCCGAAGAUGUAGGAACACACUACAAGAAUGACAUUUGGACAGUCAGCAGAGGUGGAACAGUAGCAUAAUGACUCUUUGCUUUAAGCAGUGCAGCUGUGGAAUGUAAGACCAAAACACUUAAGUGGAUUGAAGUCUGUUGCUGGUCAACAUUGACACCCUUCUUUUGCUGACAGUUGGAUGUGCCAUCAGAUGGUAUUUAAUCUGCUUGUAAAAUAUUUUGCGCUUAGGUGAGAAAGCAGUGGAGAUGGGUCUGAUUAUACUGCUUUCUUGCAUAUAUUAGCUGUGGUACCUUAAAAUCCUCCUGUGAUUCUUUGGAACAUUCUUACCUUCACUGUAAUGUUGCAGCUGUUAUAGCAUUUAAUGGAAGCUAUAGGUCAGGUACUUUUUCCCACAGUCCCUUGAAGUGCCUGCAUUAUGAACACACCAGCUGUUCUACAAUAAAGGCGACUCAUUCCACAUUUUCAGGUUUAUUCAAGUUGAACAGUAAUGAGAAAGGUAUGCAUUGUCAGAAAUACGAGUUUGAAUUCACAUUUCAGGCGAAGUACCAUGGUUACGUGAAGAAUUUGUACAAAGCAGCAGUCACUAGAAAAUAACAGUGCCCUUUUGUAUACCUAUAACCUAGUUCAUAAAAGGUUAUUUGCACUUCUGUGUUUCUGUAUGCUGGUGCUGCUGUUCACAUUUUGUUAUUAUUCACAUUUUGCACAGUCUGGUGAGAUUCGAGUCUGUGCAAACAACUGUACCCAAGUUAAUCUUUAAAGAAUAGAUAAGUGCACACCUUUCAGUUCAUUAUUGCUCUUGGAUUACAGGGAUUUCUGUUUGUAAUCUUUUAUAAUUCUCUGUGAAAGCCAGUAUUUUGUCAUUAUUUUGAAACAUUUAAAAUCCAGGUCAGACAAUUGAAUACCCAAGUCCUAAUUACCCUUACUUGUCUUUUAGGGUCACAUAUCUGACUGCUGCAUUAUCUAUCUCACUGAUUUUUUAGACACACUUGCUCAAUUCAGAUUUUCCAUAGGAUGUUAAGAUUUGUAGUAUAUAAUUUGAUCAGAUUUGUUGCUUGGUAAAUAGUGUAUUGUGUGUUAAAAAUGAUGUGCUCAGUGUUUUGAGCACUUUAACAGUGGAAGGGAUUGACCACACCAAUGUGAAAACUACCAUCUCUGCAGUAUUUGACCAAAUGUUUAAUUUUCAUCCAUAUUGUAUGUAUAUACACACUGUAUGAUGUUCUUAACAUAAGUACAUUUGUUUUCUUCUUAAUAGUUCCCCUUUUUCCUGUGUGUACAGUGUUUAUAAACUUGACUCAUCACAGAAAAGAAAUGUAUAGUAAUCUGAUUAAGGACUUGAAUAUUUGGGGAUUUUUUUCCUUUCAUUCAAUUUUUUUUUUCAUUUCAUCUCUGCUUUGUACAAGGCCAGUGCAUAUACUUUUGCUGUUGAGCAAUAUUGGAAGUGCUACAUUUAAUAUCUAGGAAGAAAAUUCUUUCUAGUAGCACAUACUGGCCAGUACUGAGUAAUGCAGUAAUUUGUAAAUUACGUCCACAUUUUUCUCUUCUUUUUGUCAUGUUCAUACUAAUGAAGUCCUUGUUGCCUGAAUCUCAGAAUACAGAAAUAAAUCCCUGUUUAAAAUAUGUAACUCCGAACAAAAAAUAAAAAAAAGUAGUUUUUUUAA